UAAUAAUAAUAAUAAUUUUAUUUCCUUUUUUUCUCUCUGUCGUCUAGAACCUACUACCAGAUUUGAGUUUACUUUGUCUCUGUAGAUCCAAGGUUUAUGUUUUGUUGAUUGUGUUUUUUAAUACAUAUACAAAAUAUAUACAGGUGUGAAAGUAUUGGAUUUGUUGAAUAUUUGUGUUAUUGAUAAGUUUUGGUGAAGAAGUAUGAAGGCGGGUCGGUUCGAAAUUAGUGGCGGCGGAUAAAUAAUUGAAGGAAUGUCAGAUUUGUCUAUUUAUGAGCUUGAUGAUAUCAUCUGGGAUGAUUUCGACCGUAGUGGUGAUCAUAUAGUGCCCCAUCCUAAUGAGGAUCAUCAUAGUGAAGAUAAAUAUGAGGGUAGCGUCUGUAAGAAGCCCCGACGUGAAAUAACACCUGUUCAGGACAACAAGGGAAAACACUAUGCUUCUGGUAGUGUUUCUCAGGAAAGAGAAUCCAAUACAAUAGCUGAAGGUAGAAAUACAAAGGAAAACGAAUCAUCAUCUCAUACACCCGAUGGUGUAUUCACGACUUCCCGUGACGCUGACUCAGCAAAGGAAAUGCCUACUUUACAAUCUAAUGAUAAUAAACUAUGCGUAGAUGAAAGAAUUGUCAACAAUCCAUUCGGUGCGGUUGAUAGUAACUCCUACAGUUGCCCUCCAAGUCACAUCUCCCAAUCUGGCGAUCUUAACCUGUUCUCCAAUGAUGGCAAUGCUAAACAAUCAAAUGAUUCAAUAUAUUAUGGCUGGCCUGAUAUCGGAACCUUUGAGGAUGUGGACACGAUGUUAAGCAAUUGUGAUUCAUCAUUUGGACUAGGAGUUACAGCAAAUGAUGAUGAAUUGGUUUGGUUUCAAUCUGAAGAUCCAAAUGGAGAGUAUGAAGAAGCAUUCAAGAUGGAUCUUAAGUUUCCGUGUGCAGAGCCAAGCACUUUGACAAAUGUAUUAGAUGAUCAUGAACCUCGAGAAUCAGAGAGUAAGAGAUCUAGUUUCGUGUGUGAAAGUAAAGAUGUGCCUAAGAUCAAAGAUCAGAAAGAGCAGUCACAGCAUCUGAAAAGCAAUGACAUUCAGAUGUCCUUGAGUGAUGAAUCUGAUCAAGCUUUCACCUCAGCGGGAAAUUGGCAGCAAAAUGAAAACCUAGGACAUAAUUCUGUUGGCUACAUACAGAGCACCAGUUAUCUGUAUCCAGCUCAUGAUAAUGUUCCGGUGCAAACAAAUGAUGGCUCGGUAAUGACUGGUAUCAAAUAUGAAAAUACGGGUUCAGCAUCUGGUUCCCAAAACGAAAGCUCUGGUGGAAUUCAGCCUUCAUUUAGUGGAAAUUAUAAACAACCUGGUAUGAUGCCCCAGGCGUCAAGAAGUGAUACCAUGUCAAGAAAUAUUCUGGUUUCACCCCACAAGCAAUUUGGCAAGGAAAACAAGAUUGAAAGUCAAAGUGAUAUGGAGGGAGUCAAGAAAGGAGCUUCAGGAGUAUUAGAUUCAUUAAAUGCACCAGAAGGGUCUUCCAUAAGUACAGAGUUGGACGAAAUAUCAAUAGAGGCUUCUAGUUUCCGUCAGCUCCAACAGGUUAUGGAACAGUUGGAUUUGAGGACUAAGUUAUGCAUAAGGGAUAGCCUGUACCGCUUGGCUAGAAGUGCAGAACAACGUCACAACUAUGCUGGCAUGAGUGGCAGCACCACAAACUGUGGAGCAACUGGUGGUCCAUUAAUGUCUGAAGGGACCAAUAAGUAUGCUGGCCUUAUGGAUAUGGAAACUGAUACAAACCCAAUAGAUCGAACAAUAGCACACUUAUUGUUUCAUAGGCCUUCAGAAGCAUCUAAUAGGGCUACUCCGUUACCUGUCAAACCAAAUGCAAAGGUUCAUGGAUCUACAAUAGGUUCAACCGUGGUGGCCGAAAAACAAUCUUGUCAAGAAACAGGAAAUGAAUCAGAGGACAAGAUUUCGAGCACUGGAAAAAACUAACGUGUCGUUAGGUAGGCAUGCUAGAUCUCGGAGUGACUUUUUAUUUUUUUGUAAUCAUGUGCAUAUAUUAUCCAUAAGUUUAUCAAGGGGAUCCGAUAUGGACUCAUAAGCUUGGUCAAUGGUAGGGAAUCUGGAGGUUUUAGUGUUUAUUGGUGCCCAUCCUUGUGUAUCUUCUUUGUGCCGAGUUUCUGGUCUUGUAUCUGUUGUAUUUAUUUUUCAUGGUGGCCCAAUUUUGACCUAGAAUUCACCCAUAUAUGUUCAUAUGGUGUCGUUUUUCAUUCCUAUAUAUACUUAAAUACUGGUUGGUUCUGGUUCUUAUAUAGUUAUAUAUAUAUUUUUCUUCAGUUUA